CGGUAGCGUUUUAUUUGCUUAGCUUGUCAAAAAGAAAUAAAGUAGCCAUGCAGCACUAUUUAUUUGUCCUGAUAUUUGUUCUUCUUCACGGAGGACAAUUUGUCUCGGCGAAUGGUCGACUGGAGUAUGUUCGACAUAACUCUGGUAACUACGAGGCGAAAUUGUACCUUAACCUGAGCCAAACAGUGAUCAACUGGGAAGCCAGGUUCACCUUUGAGUUUGACAUCGAUGGAUUUAUGAUUCACAAUCCAGGCUCUCAGAUUCGAGAACAAGCAGGAAAUGUCGUGGUCAUUGGAAAUGCGGCGCAGGAUCAACACGGCCCUGGCGAAUGGAGUAUCGAUUUUUAUGUCCGCUAUUGUUGCGCCAUGCCUCAAUUAGAAUUUGCAGUUUAUAAUGGGGAAGACUUAAAUACAGACUUCAUUGACCCACCCCCUCCAACCGUCCGUCCAACGAGGCCCCCACUUCCAGACGGUGAUUAUCAUUACGAGGAAGUUCUUGGUCUAUCGAUCGAAUUUUAUGAAGCUCAACGAUCUGGAAGGCUUCCUGAAAGUAACAGAAUCAUGUAUCGAGGUGACUCGUUCUUGGACGACAAGGACGGCGACAUCGAUCUGGUUGGUGGAUAUUUUGAUGCUGGAGAUCACGUAAAAUUUGGAUUUCCAUUCGCCUACUUUACCACGGUUCUUAAUUGGGGAAUUGUCGAUUACAAACAAGGUUACGAGUCGGCUGGAGAGUUGCAGAAUGCGUUGGACGCUGUGAAAUGGUCACUGGACUAUUUUAUUAAAGCACAUCCCUCAGAUUUCGUGUUUUACGGACAAACGGGCGAUGGAGGACAAGAUCACGGUUAUUGGGGUCGCCCAGAGGAUUGGACUUUGGGGGCACGAAACUCGUACAAAAUUACGCAACAACAACCCGGUUCCGAACUGGCUGGAGAAGCUGCGGCUGCAUUUGCUUCAGGAUACUUGGCUUUCAAGGAUGUAAAUCCAACCUACGCUUCCACGCUUUUAAAUCAUGCCACCACCUUGUACGACUUUGCCAACCAGUUCCGUGGAACUUACACAGACGCGAUUCCUGCUGGAGGAUUUUACAAUUCAUGGUCCGGCUAUGGUGAUGAGCUUGGUUGGGCAGCCGCGUGGCUUUAUCGGGCCACCAACGUUACACGUUACUUGGAUGAUGUCGCUACACAUUGGCAGGAAUUUAAUUUAGGGGAACGUCCACUGGAGUUCAGUUGGGAUGAUAAGAAAGCUGGUCUCCAGGUUCUUCUGGCUCGCAUAACGAACAACCAAAUGUACAAGGACUCCGCGGAAGCAUUUUGUGACUACAUUAUUAACGACGUGCGUCGAACACCCAAAGGUCUCGUGUGGCUUUCGGAAUGGGGUUCCCUCCGACAUUCCAGCAACGUGGCGUUUAUUUGCCUCCAAGCAGCCGACGUCGGAAUAAAACCAGACGUAUAUCGAGCGUUUGCAAAGCAGCAAAUCAACUACGCGUUGGGCGAUGGGGGUCGCAGCUUUGUCGUCGGAUUUGGAGUAAAUCCUCCCAAAAGUCCGCAUCAUCGAUCAAGUUCAUGCCCAAACCGACCAAGUCCUUGCGACUACAAUAAUGGAAUGAACAAUCCAGGUCCAAAUUACCAAACGUUGUGGGGCGCACUUGUCGGAGGACCUGGGCCAAACGACGAUUAUGUUGAUGACCGAGGUGACUACAUCAAAAAUGAGGUGGCCACCGACUACAAUGCCGCAUUUCAAGGGGCCCUUGCUGCCCUGCAAGUGCUGAAGGACGAAGGGACGUUGCCGUAAACAAAACGAACUGAUCAACUAAAUUACUUAAACAUAUAUAUGUACCAUAAAUUUACCAAGAGUUACAAACUACAGAGUAUUUAAUUCACUGAAUUAUGGUGAAAUAAAAUCGAAAUAUCGGUGUCUACAACAUA